UCGUAAAAGUGGAAUAAUUGUCGUGUUUAGUGUUAAAAGUGAGCGUGAGAAAAAGGAGUGGACCAGUGGCUUGCUUGCCUUCAAAAUUGGCUUCUAUUUUAUCUUUAUAACGAAUAAACUACGAGCAGAGUUUUUAGAUAAAGUAACUGAGAUGCGGUUAGUGGAUUCAAUGUGUUUAGUGGAGACACUAAGAACUGAGAAGGAAGUGUGGUCUUGGGUUAAAAAAUGUUUGAGGUCUGAUUUAGAUAUCCGCUUUAUUUCUGCUAGUCCAUUAAUUAACAUUGCUCAAGGACUAAAAGAUAUUCACAACAAAGAAUUGGUUCACCGAGAUUUUCAUCCAGGCAAUAUCUUAAAUAGUGAUAUUCACAGUUUUAUUACCGAUUUAGGACUAUUGGCUUAUGAAGUAUUAUCAGGACUACCUCCUUAUGUAACUUAUGAUGAGAAAGAAAAAUGCUAUAAAGAACUAGCCCAUGACCACAGUUUAGCAGAGAAAAUUUGUCAAGGACUUCGUCCACAAUUUGAAGUGAAAAUACCUCAAUUAUUAAAAAACUUGAUUGAAAGAUGCGAAGUAAAUAGCCAAAAUAACACCGAAUUCUUUCAGCAAUUUAAAGAUAAAGAAGAAUUUUUAAAUAAUUUGACUUCUCUUGAUUAUAAAACUCAUCCUUCGGCACUUUAUACUAGUCGUCGGUUGGAUUUUAAGAGCCUUCCUGAAUCUCAAAACAGCAAAGAAAUUAAUGAGAUAUUUUAUAGUAGUGAUUCUAAACAAAUUAAUUUAGAAAUCCCGGUUGAUCUCGACCAACUUAACCUUAAUGAAGAAAAUCAGCAACCUGAAACACAAGUUCAAAUUCAAGCUCCUAAUAAAUAA